UCCCGCGCGGGCGCAGGGCUGCGGGCGCUCGGCUGGGGCGCGGGGCGGGGACGCGGCCGCCGCCCGCUCUGCGCCGCUCCUCCCCGCGCGAGUGGAGCGCGGCCCGGCGUCGAGGCGGCCAUGGCGACCCUGAGCCCGCUCCCCACCCACCCCGCCUGCUCCGCCCUCCCCUCCGCCCCGCGCCACCUUUGAUGGCUCGGACCUCGGCCGGCCACCGCCAGCCCCGCUUGCGCUCCCGCGCCGCCGCCGCCCGCGGGUAUUAAUAGCCGAGCGCCCCCGCUGCACGCGCCGCCCGGAGCCGCCGCGCCCUCGGCAGCCAGGGGCUCGGAGCUGCUGCGCCCGGAGGCCCGGAGGGGGAGCCGGAGCCGCCGGCGCCGUGGAGAUAGUAUAUAAUCUGCUUUCACCAUGGGAGAAAUAGAGCAGAGGCCAAGUCCAGGAUCGCGACUGGGGGCCCCGGAGAAUUCGGGGAUCAGCACCUUGGAACAUGGACAGAAGCCGCCCCCAACACCUUCAGGAAAACUCAUGUCCAUCAAAAUCCAGAUGCUGGAUGACACCCAGGAGGCAUUUGAAGUUCCACAAAGAGCCCCCGGGAAGGUGUUGCUGGAUGCAGUUUGCAGCCACCUCAACCUCGUGGAAGGAGACUAUUUUGGCCUUGAGUUUCCUGACCACAAAAAGAUCACGGUGUGGCUGGAUCUCUUAAAACCUAUUGUCAAGCAGAUUAGAAGGCCAAAGCAUGUUGUUGUGAAGUUCGUGGUGAAAUUCUUUCCACCUGACCAUACGCAACUCCAAGAAGAACUCACAAGGUACCUGUUUGCGCUGCAGGUGAAGCAGGACCUGGCUCAAGGCAGGCUGACGUGCAAUGAUACCAGCGCGGCUCUCUUGAUCUCCCACAUCGUACAAUCCGAGAUUGGGGAUUUUGACGAAGCGUCAGACAGAGAGCAUUUGGCAAAAAACAAGUACAUACCUCAGCAAGAUGCGCUAGAAGACAAAAUCGUGGAGUAUCACCAUAACCACAUUGGACAAACACCAGCAGAAUCAGAUUUCCAGCUUCUGGAGAUUGCCCGUAGGCUGGAGAUGUAUGGGAUCCGGCUGCACCCGGCUAAGGACAGGGAAGGUACGAAGAUCAACCUGGCUGUUGCCAACACGGGAAUUCUCGUGUUUCAGGGUUUCACGAAGAUCAAUGCCUUCAACUGGGCAAAGGUGCGCAAGCUGAGCUUCAAGAGGAAGCGCUUUCUCAUCAAGCUCCGCCCAGAUGCGAAUAGCUCGUACCAGGAUACCUUGGAAUUUCUAAUGGCCAGUCGGGAUUUUUGCAAGUCGUUCUGGAAAAUCUGUGUUGAACAUCAUGCCUUUUUUAGACUUUUUGAAGAGCCCAAACCAAAGCCAAAGCCCGUUCUCUUUAGUCGAGGGUCAUCAUUCCGGUUCAGCGGUCGGACUCAGAAGCAGGUUCUCGACCAUGUUAAAGAAGGAGGACAUAAGAAAGUGCAGUUUGAAAGGAAACAUAGCAAGAUCCAGUCCAUCAGAAGCCUUGCCACACAGCCUACAGAGCUGAAUUCAGAAGUGCCAAGACAGGCGCAGCAGAGUGCCAGUCUUCCGCCCGGAGAGGGCGCGGAGCCCGCGGGAGGCGCGGGCGGCCGGGAGGCCGCGGAGCCGAGCGCCUCGGCAGAAGAGCGCCGGAGCCCCGCGCUGCCCAAGAGCCCCGCGGGCGGCGGGAAGGCGGACGGAGCCCCGCGGGCGCCGGCCGACGAAGAGGAGGAGGUCGUUAAGGAUAGGACCCAGCAGAGUAAAGCUCAGCCCCCGCAGCCGAGCACAGGCUCCCUGACUGGCAGCCCUCACCUUUCAGAGCUAUCCAUCAACUCGCAGGGAGGAGCUGUGCCCGCCAACGCCAUCUUGUCUCCCAACCUGAGCCCCGACACCAAGCAGGCCUCUCCCUUGGUCAGCCCGCUGCUGAACGACCAGGCGUGCCCACGCACCGACGAUGAGGAAGAAGGCCGCAGAAAGAGAUUCCCAACUGACAAGGCAUAUUUCAUCGCUAAGGAGGUCUCCACCACCGAGAGAACAUAUCUGAAGGAUCUUGAGGUCAUCACUUCGUGGUUUCAGAGCACAGUCAGCAAAGAAGACGCCAUGCCCGAAGCCUUGAAAAGUCUCAUAUUCCCAAAUUUUGAACCUUUGCACAAGUUUCACACAAGCUUUCUCAAGGAGACUGAACAACGACUAGCCCUGUGGGAAGGCCGCUCGAACGCCCACAUCAGAGGGGAUUACCAAAGAAUCGGAGAUGUCCUGCUGAGGAACAUUCAGGGUAUGAAGCAACUGGCGGCUCACCUGUGGAAGCACAGCGAAGCUCUGGAGGCGCUGGAGACGGGCAUCAGGACCUCGCGGCGGCUGGAGAGCCUGUGCCGAGACUUCGAGCUGCAGAAAGUGUGCUACCUGCCGCUCAACACCUUCCUUCUGCGCCCGCUGCACCGGCUCAUGCACUACAAGCAGGUCCUGGAGCGCCUGUGCAAGCACCACCCGCCCAGCCACGCCGACUUCAGGGACUGCAGGGCUGCCCUCGCAGAGAUCACUGAAAUGGUGGUACAGCUUCACGGUACGAUGAUCAAGAUGGAGAAUUUCCAGAAGCUGCAUGAACUCAAGAAAGACUUGAUUGGCAUCGACAAUCUUGUGAUUCCGGGAAGGGAAUUCAUUCGCCUGGGCAGCCUCAGCAAGCUCUCCGGCAAGGGCCUGCAGCAGCGCAUGUUCUUCCUGUUCAACGACGUCCUGCUGUACACGAGCAGGGGGCUGACGGCCUCGAAUCAGUUUAAAGUCCACGGGCAGCUCCCGCUCUACGGCAUGACCAUAGAGGAAAGCGAAGACGAGUGGGGGGUCCCGCACUGCCUGACCCUGCGGGGCCAGCGACAGUCCAUCGUCGUGGCGGCCAGCUCUAGAUCCGAGAUGGAAAAGUGGGUUGAGGAUAUACAAAUGGCCAUCGACUUGGCAGAGAAGAGCAGCGGCCCCACCCCCGAGCUCCUGGCCAGCAGCCCCCCUGACCACAUGUCCCUGCGGGGACCGGGGGCCAAGAGCUACAUCGGGCUGGAGCGGCCACACGCGGGCCCAGGCUGCCUCCGGUGCAGGCGCCCCCUCACCCCCCAGCUCGAGCUCCUCAUGGGCGUCCCUGCCUUUCAGAAUCAGCUGUCCGGGAACCUGCUGAGGAAAUUCAAGAACAGCAACGGGUGGCAGAAGCUGUGGGUGGUGUUCACCAACUUCUGCCUGUUCUUCUACAAGUCCCACCAGGACCAUCACCCGCUGGCCAGCCUGCCCCUGCUCGGCUAUUCCCUCACCAUCCCCUCAGAGGCCGAGGACAUCCACAAAGACUACGUGUUCAAGCUGCAUUUCAAGUCUCACGUGUACUACUUCAGGGCCGAAAGCGAAUACACGUUCGAAAGGUGGAUGGAGGUGAUCCGCAGCGCCACCAGUUCGGCUUCCCGCGCCCAUGUCCUGAGUCACAAAGAAUCCCACGUGUACUGACGCCGGUGGCGUGAGCGGUGGCUGCUUUCCUGGGAGACGCUUCUUUUCCUCUGUAUUAAUGACACCUCGUAAAACUAACACCUGGCGGGGACCCAGCACCCUGGUUUUACAGCAACUCCCUCUCUCUCCGCAAAACCGUUCUAACCUUGUCUUUCCGAGCUGUGCGUGUAUCGUCGGAGCGCAACGGGCUGCCACCGCGGACGCCGGCGGCUCUGUGUGUCAUCCUCCGGGGGCAGGGCUCUUUCUAGCUCGUGCCAGUAUUAAAACGUGGUCAUCAGUGUAGUGCCAAAUGACAGUUUUUCUUCCACAAACUGCACCUUCAGAGCAGUACCACAUCUGUUCAACCAAACGAGACAGGGCACGUGCCCAUCUUUGUCUUAAAAAAGAAACUUCUUUUGACUUAGGGGCUGGUGCAUUUUAACAAAACGGAUUUUCCAACAUUUGUGAUACCUGUGGCACCGUCUUAAGCAAAUGAGAUCAUUUUCCGAUUUCAUUUUUUCAGUCUUUCUACUUUUAUAAUAGUAGCAAGUUAGUAGGAUUUACUUCUUUGAUUGCUAAGCAGUUGGCAGCACACGAAGUACGUUCCACCCUGGGGUCUUCUCCCAGGGAACGCUGUUCCUGGCACAA